GUUUUCAGUCAGAUUUCGUAUUUCAAAGAAUAAACACAUCUAUUAACAUUUACAUACGUAUAUACUUGUGUUGUUUGUUAUUGUCGAUAAAUUAUAAAAAAAAAUUACUAAAAGAUAAAACAUGAGUGAUAUAUUGAAAAUUGCUGGAGCUAUAGUGCUCCCCAAUUUGGGAGGCAUUUCCGGAGGGUUUGUUACCAAGAAAAAUAUUAAACCCUGGUACGAAACAUUAAAACAUCCUUCAUUCCGACCACCAAAUUGGAUUUUUGCUCCAAUGUGGACAGCACUGUAUUCGGGCAUGGGUUAUGCCUCGUAUUUGGUAUGGAAAGAUGGUGGCGGUUUUAGUGGCGAUGCUAAAUUGCCCUUAAUAGCUUAUGGUUCACAGCUGGCUUUGAAUUGGGCCUGGAGUCCAAUUUUCUUUGGACAACACAAUCUCAAAGGGGGUUUAAUUGACAUCAUUGCUUUAACUGCAACUGCAUCGGCCUGCGGGGUUUUAUUCUAUAAUGUUAAUAAAGUUGCCGGUUGUUUGUUUAUUCCAUACAUUGCUUGGUUGGGUUUUGCCACCCUCUUAAACUACUCUGUCUACAAAUUGAAUACCGACAAUGGAGAGACGAAAACUAUUGAAUCAUCAAAACAAUCAUAGAUACGAGUAGAUUUUGAAAAUAAGUGUGGAAAUGAGUAUACAAACUACUAUCUUUGUUUUUGUUGUGUCAUGUUUAAUAAUAUUUAUUUAUUAUUAUUGUUUUGCAUUUAAGUGCCUCUUAGAAUAAAUAAAAUGUUUUGGUAAUUUGUA